AUGUACAAUGAUCAAAUAUUCAAUGAUGAAAUUGUUAGAGAAAGCAGUAUGCUACAAGAACCUGAAGAACCCUAUAAUAUAGAUAAAUAUGAUAGUUUAGAUGUUAAUAACAGUUUAGAUGUCGAUGAUAGUUUAGAUAUUGAUAAAAAUUUAAGCAAUGACAAUUUAAAUGAUGUUAAUGAUCCUAUAGAUCAAUCCUUACCUAUUACUACAUAUUUUCCACCACGCGAAGCUUCUACAAAAAGCAAAAAAAAAAUGAAGGCAAUAAAUAAUAAAGGUGAUGGUACUUUAAAGCAUUGCGAUACAGAGUUUAAACCUAAGACAUCAACAAGUAGUAUAGCUGCACAUUUACAAAGCAACACUCCUCUUUCAGAAAAUCAACAAAUUCGUAUUGCAUAUCAGCUAGUUGCUUGGAUAGUAGAAGCAAUGAUGUCCUUAAAUUGUAUAAAUAAUGUCAGUUUUGGGAUUUUUGCUAUGAGAUUAAUCGACGGAGAUCAGAUCGAAGACUUUUUACGUAAAGUUCUUGCUAAAUGGGAAAUAUUUGACAAACUUAGUGUUGUAAUAACUAAUAAUGUGUCAUCUAUAGUAAAAGCAAUUCGGCAAUUAGGCUCUACUCAUCUUGGUUGUAUGGCUCACACUAUUCAUCUUGCAGUUACAGAUGGUUUGAAAGAAUGUGAAAACUUAAUUGGACAUGCAAAAUUAUUAAAUAACUUUUUACAGCUUCUUGAACUUCGGGAUUCCAUUUCAGAAUUGGCUACAAACUUAGUAAAUGACCCAGAUCGUACAAUCCGUGCAGAUGGUAAUACCCUAACCGAAAGAAUGCUAUCAAAUGAAGAGUGGAAAGGGCUAGAAGAAUUAUAUCAAAUGGAAAAUAUACUUACAUAUCCCUCCAUUAUCGAAGCACACAAAACUCUCCGUACAUCAUUGGCAUUUCGAUGGGAUGACCCCAAAAUGGAUGGAUGGCUCGCAACAUUUCUUGAUCCCCGUUUUAAAACACUAUCAAUUGUGUCACCUACAAUGCAACAAGAGACAAUACAAGAAUUACGUAGAAGACUUGAGCUUUCUCAGCAAGAAGAAAACAUACCAAUUACUAAUCAAGUUUCAAAAACAGACAUGGCUUCUUUCUUUGGUGAUGAAAUAGAAUCUUCUCCCCUUUCACCUGUUGAUCUCGAACUUCAAAUGUAUUAUUCAAUUCUCGAAAUCCCCAAAUAUGAUCCAAAAGACCCUCUUUAUGAGAAAUAUAAUCCAUUAAAAUGA